CGUUGCUUGAAUCGUCAUUGCAUUAAAAGGCUGCUGAAAUUUCCUGCCCCUCCUCUUUUCGUGAAGUAUGCGACAAAACGUAGUGAUCUGCGCUGCCUUUGCUUGGUUUGUGAUGCAACAGGCUUUAUUUAGAAUUUCAGACCAGAAUUCCCAUCCCUUUCAUAAUAUCCAACAUUCAAUAACUGAUGCUGGCAAAAAUAACUAAGCACGAUAACACUUGGCAAGAGGCUUAUGAAACAUUAGACUUAUUACUCAAUUGUCUUAUUUGAUAUAGGGGAAGUUGUUUAAAUCUAUUAUUAAAUUGAAUUAAAAGGAGAGAAGAUUCAGAAGAUUAAACCACCAAUGUAGGAAAAUGGUAACGAGCUACAAUAAAUAAGGCCUAUCAAAACUGAUAAGUGAACCCAUACACAUAUUUUAUUGUUCCUACGCUAAGCUUUGUCGUUUAACAUUUUUUCUUAAUUUGUGUUUCAGCGCCAGCCCCACAAGGUAAGUUUUAUCCAGCCAGUCACUGUGGUAUGUAGAGAAAAAGACAAACCGACUGGCAAAUAGAAAGAUAGACCGACAGACAGACAGACUGACAGAAAAGAUUGAAUGACAGGAAGACUGGCAGGCAGACUGACAGGAAGACUGACAGGCAGACUGACAGGAAGACUGAUAGGCAGCUGACAGACAAACUAACCGACAGAUAGGCUGACGGAGAGACAGACAGACAGAAUGACAGAUAGACUGACAGAAUGAUGGAUAGACUGACAGAAAGACAUACAGACAGAUAGACAGAUCGACAAACAGACAGACAGACUGACGGUUAGACUGAAGAACAGACUGACAGAUAGACCAACAGAGAGACGGGCAGACAGACAGACAGACUGACAGCCUGAUAGACUGACAGCCUGAUAGACUGACAGGCAGACAGACAGACAGACAGGCAGACAAAGUGACUGACAAAUAGACUGACAGACUGACAAAAAAACUGACAGACAGACUGACAGACCGAUAGACAGACAGACAACCAGAUAGACUGGCAGUCUGACAGGCAGACAGCCUGACAAGCACACGGACAAACAUUUGAUAGAAAGCAAAAAUAAAGAUCGUGACUAAAAUACCACAUAAGUCCUAUGAGUGACAUACAGGUAACAUAUGACUGAAUGAGAGUAACGUUCGAAUACAUACGGAAAUUACUGAUUUUUUGAAUUGCAUGAAGAGCCAUUUUCUCCCUGUCUUGGACUGAUAAUGCGAACGCACUCUUAUGUGUCACUCUUCGUACUUGUAUGGUGCUUUUUUUUCAUGAUCGUAAAUAAACGCACAGAGAUAGGUGAAGAGGUAGACAAACGGACACGGAGAAAAACACUGUUCAUUUACAGACGUACUAACACAGAGCUGCGCAAUAUCCCAGCAGAGAAAAUUAGCAAACAUCAGUCCUAAUCGUGUUCAUUAAACACUUUUGCUCGAGAAUGAGCCAAAAGAGGAUUGGAGAGAGAAAUAGAAAAGAAAAUUGAUUGAUGCCUUAAAAGUUGUGAUUGUUACUUAUCUCACGAUGCAGACACCAUAUUGAAGAUGGUAACAUUAUGAGACAAAAACGAUAGGUUAAAAUAAAACUUUGAUUUUCACCUCACUUUCCAGUGUACGAUAGACAAUGACAUUUACUUCAAGUUUUAAGGUGAAAACCUGACAGAAAAUGUGCUUUCAGCAUUGCUUUUGCUAGUAAAUUUAACAAUGUCUUGUAUCAAAGUAACCAUAGCACAUAGUCUCGUAAUUUGUUCCGCCACGAUAUUAUAAAAAGUAUUUAAUCUCUUGUGUCCGCAGAACUCUGCAUAACCACUACUGAUUAGUGUUGAUAAUUCCCACGCACAUUUUCAGAGACUUUGACGUCUUUGAUCAUUUUCAAUAUGGUAUUCGAAUCAUUUUUGUUUUUGUUUGCUCAUGUAGUGGACCCUGAUGCCUGCCUGAAAGCCCAUAAUGAAAAACGAGCACUUCACCCUGGAACUCCAAUGCUGGUCUGGGAUGAUACACUGGCUCAACAUGCUAAAACCUGGGCUGAUCACCUGGCUUCCAAGGGAACGCUGGAGCACGCAGAAAACACUGGAGAAGGAGAAAACCUUUAUUAUUUUGGGACUUCGGGCUCAUAUGUGGCGACAUGUGAUGAUGCAGUGCAGGCUUGGUAAGUAACUUUCCGUUUAAUGAACCCCACUCGAUUGGACCUCUAUUUACAGUCCUCCCUUGCGCCAAGAUAGCGAAAUAUUAUCGUCAGUUAAUAUUGACUUCGUAGUGAAUAUAUCUUUGACGAAUGGUUAACUGCAACAGAUUAUUUUUAGUCCGGAUAUUACUGAUAAAAAUGUUGCUUCUUCUUAGUAAAUUUUAAAGGUGAUGACAUCAGAUGAAAUUAUCGGAUUAUGGAUGUUGUUUUUAUCUACAAUCAAAUUAUCUUAUCGAUUUACAUUCAAAGAAAUGAAUAUUAGCCAUAACGUAGAAUCCCUCAUCAAAUCUUGCGCUCUUUCUUCUCGCUCUACGUCUUUCUGGACUCCGUCUUUCGCUUAAGCUGCCUAUGAAAAUUAGGCUUCUGUGUUGAUCUUGCAAUCACAGGUACGAUGAAAUCAAGGACUAUGAUUACCAAAAUCCUGUUUUCAGUCUUAGUACUGGCCAUUUCACCGCGGUAAGUUGUGUUUGUUCUCAGCUGUGGGUACUCAGUUGUCAAAUAGCAUGCUGAUUCAAACACGAAGUUGGUUUGGGUGAGUCCAAAUGGUUGUUUACGUUGCUUUUCUACAACGAUCACAGAUAAUGCCAUUAUUUAUAUCCAAUGAUGUUAUUUUCCAGUUUCUCUAUUUUUGGUAAGAAGAAAGUGGUCUUUUUAUCUAUGUACUUCAAAUGUAUGUGUGUAUUAAAUUUAUUUACAAAGGACGACGACAACCAGUUAAAAAAUGAAAAACUUGCGGCCUUCAAGUUGACAAUGUCACAAUUUAAAUGUCUAAAGAUAACUCUAGGGAAAUUGGUGUCUAAAUAUGAAAAAAAAAACCGUUUUCCCUUUUAAAACUCUACACACUUUGGCAUUUCCUAAAAUAUUAAAUGCAUAAAAAUCAGUGAGGCUUAUUAUUAAAUUAAUUACACCUUUUCUCUUUUUCCUUUUUUUUUUUUAAUUAGGAAAUUACAAAAUUUUGUCUGAAAUUAAUCAACUUUGCGUCACUGAAAUUAAUUUUGCAGGUGGUUUGGAAAAGCACCACUCGUGUGGGAGCGGCUCUUGCGAAAGUAGUGGAUGGCGGAUACACCAAGACUUACGUCGUGGCGCGCUACUCACCACAAGGAAAUAUUAAAGGACGCUUCGCGGAGAACGUGCUGCCUUUGGCCUCAUAG